AAAGGACGGAAAAAAAAUUCCAUGUAGUCAGCCCACUGCCAUUUCUUUAUGUUGCCCACUGCUUGGCCGGUCUUUGAUUCCUUGCCACUGGUGACACCUUCUAUACAAUUGGGCAUAGCUUUCGAGUUGGCUUUACAACAGUGAGUGCAAUCGUAACCGAAGUCUGUGAAGCGAUAUGCAGACAUAUGGAACAUAUAUAUUUACCAGAACCAACAGAGAAUAUAUGGAAAAAAUGUGCUGAAGGAUUUGAAAAUAGAUGGGGAUUUCCCAAUUGCAUUGGCAGCGUGGACGGUAAACAUGUAACAAUCAAGAGACCUAACAACAGUGGCUCCAAUUACUGGUGCUAUUUACAUAAAUAUUCAAUAGUACUUAUGGCCAUUGUUGGCCCGGACCAUAAAUGUAUAUGUAUAUAUAUAUUGGUGGUUUCGGAAAAAAUAGUGAUGGGGGUAUUUUCGAAACCUCAAACAUGGGAAAACGAUUUGAACAAAAUUUAAUGAGUGUCCCUGCACCUAGAUUUCUCCCUGGGCAAAAUGAAAUCUGCUCGUACGUCUUAAUUGGUG